AAGGAUAGUAUUUAGCUGUACACGUGAUAAGCACGUAAGAGUAGCCCAUAAAUACACGGGAUUUGAAAAUAUCAAACCAUAUAGUAAUUUCCAAACAAACAAAGCUCAUUUCUGAUAUAACAAUCAAUUUUUUGGUUUCUUGUUAAAGUUGCACACACUGUAAAAUGGCAAUGAAUCCUAAAGUAUUUCCUCAUGGAAUGCCAGUUCCAUUUCUCAAUGAAUUGUUUGUCUUAGCUAAUGAUGGAGUUGACUUUGAGAUUGAUCACAUUCCAAGUUUAGGAGUAGUACAAGCAAAAGGAAUCAUCUAUUUAUCGAAUAUCCGUAUGGUCUUUGUUGCAAAGAAUCCUAGGGACAACUUCACUGCUUUUGACAUUCCGUUGCUUUUUGUUCAUGGUGAAAUAUUAAAUCAACCAAUAUUCUCUUGCAAAAACAUUUCUGGAUAUGUAAAUCCGGUUGUUGUACCAGCUAAUGAAAACAAUGUCAUUCCUCAUUCGUUUAAAAUUUUGUUCAAGGAAUGUGAUUGUGAGAAUUUCAUCCCAUUAUUUUUCAAUUUAAUUGGAAAAGUGAGACGACGCUACCGACGGUCAAGGGCAAAGGCUCGUGUAGAUCCUCUUCAAGAAGCAAAAGCAUCGGUCGAUGAGAUGACGAGAUAUGCUUAUGUCGACCCCAAUGAUCCGACAAGUAUCUUCUUGCAGCAGCCUACUCCAGAGCCUUGACUAGGGUGUCGUACCUACAGUUCAUAGCCUACUGAAAGUUCUAUAUAGCUCUGGUUUCUGGUUAACCGGAUAAUGCAACUUGUGCACGAGAUACAUCUUUUUGCUUUAUUGAUGCCUUCAGAUCUGUCCAUAUGGAGAAGAAUAGUAAGUUUGUUUUGCAGAUGAUGCAGGGGCGGAGCUAGGGGCGCAAGGGUGUUCAUCCAAACCCCCUUCCCCGGAAAAAAACAUUUGUGUAUAUAAGCUUAAAAAUAACUUUUUAUGUAUACAUAGUAGAUGUUGGAUGCCAUUGGCUUCUUCGUGUGUUUACUUCUUUAAAUUUUAGUUCCUUUGGCUUCUUCGUGUGGUUAUUUCGUGUGAAAAUCCUAGCUCCGCCACUCAUAUGAUGUAUAUACCAUUAACUUCAUUCUUUUAUGGGUCAGCAGAGGUCCC